AUGAGAAUUAGAGUCCGCGAUCUAAAAAAUAUUGUUUUAAUGGACGAAAGUUAUGAAAAAUAUCGACAUCAUUUCACAACUACACCUCUUAAUUUUUUAAUUAAAGAAAACGUUAGUUUUUCGAAGCAACCAGAAUGUGUUCAUGAUGUAUUAAAAAGAAUUAAAGAUAGUAAUAAUUAUGAUGAUGAUUUUUAUGUGGCAGCUCAGAAAUUUAUUAAUAAUAAAGGAACAGCAAGCCAAGGAAAUACCAUAAUUAAUAAUUAUGAUGACAAUUUUUAUGUGGCAGUUCGGAAAUAUGAAGGAACAGCAAGCCAAGGAAAUACCAUAAUUAAUAAUUAUAAUAUUAAGAUUGCAAUCAGUGAU